AUGACCUUCCUCGUCAUCUUCGCCAUCGUCCUCCCCUUCCUCCUCCCACGCGCAGCCCUCCACCCUGCCCUACCAAACUACAUUCUCUUCCACUUCAUCAUCAUCCCCGGACUCGUCAAACUAAGACCUCGCAACAAAGAUCGAUCCAUCUUCAUCAACAUGGCUGAUUCCGCCAACAAACCCACCCCCAACAACCGCGGCUUCUAUCUCGCCAUCGCCUUUGGCAUCGUCGGCCUCUUCCUCAUGAUGGUCGUCCCCUGCGCCAUCGCCAUGGGCGUCGCCCGCUGCCGCGAGAAGCGCCAGGAACGUCGUGACGCCCUCCGCCGCGAGCUCGAGGGAGGCCAAGCCGACGACGACGCCACCAACGGCGACGACGCCCCUGCCGGCCGCUUCCCCAUCUUCGGCGUCGACGAAGUCGGCGAGGCUUCUGGCUGGCGCCACGACGACAAUGACCUCGAAACCGCCACCACCACCAAUCUAUUCCAAGACACCACCAUCCUCCAGCAUCCCGACGGCCUCGUCGAGAUUCGCAAGCCCGAGCCCGUCUACGGAAUGGGGACUUGUCGUGUCCACGGCGGUCGCUUCCAGGAGCACCUCCCUGAGGCCUUCGACCACUUCCCCGAUGAGGAGGAGCAAGCCCAGAUGCUCGAGCAGGCCGAGAACAACGAGGACUCUACCGAGGACUCUGGCUCUUCCUACAAGGGCAAGGGAAAGGAGCCUCUCAUUGCGAAGCACAAGGAGGAGUAA